AUGACGUUUGCCGUCGAAGAACCUUUAUACCCGAAAAAAGGAAUAACCGUCGAAGAUGCAUCCGUGAGUAAGCUCGCACGUGAUCUCGGCCUGAUUAAACAUCCCAAUGGUGGAUACUUCAAGGAGACAGACCGGCCCUCCGAGACUGCUGAGGUGCAAUCAACAGGCGACUCAGGCUCUCCGCCAACAACGGUGUCCAGGAACCCGUCCUCGUUAAUCCACUUUCUUAUGACCUGCGAAUCACCCCUCGGCAAGUUCCACACAAACGUCACAGGCAGGUCAAUACACGUUCUUCAAGGAGGCCGAGGGACAUACGUUCUUGUGCACCCGACAGGGCAGAUCGAGACUUUCCGUGUAGGGUUCGACGUCGCCAACGGAGAGAGAACCCAAUGGGUGGUGGAGCCUGGAGUCUACAAAGGCUGCUACGUCGUUCCGGAAAAGGAAGGUGCUGAAGUGACUAGCAAGGACCACCUCUGGGUAAGUGAGGUCGUUGUACCUGGAUUCGACUUCCAGGACAUGAAAUUCCCCGACAUGAACAAUCUCAUUGCUUUAGUUGGUGAAGAAAAGGCGUCCGAGAUAGAAUGGCUCCUCUAA